AGUGUUGUGGUAAACGUUGAUUGUACAGUACCUUUAUCAAAAAUGGACUUCUUCCAUACAAUGCAAGAAAACUAUAUGUACAUGGAGUCUCCAAUUUCGCAACCAAUGUUUACAAUAGAAAGCUAUUGCCACAACGAAGAGCUACAUAGCAGUGAUAUACAAAAAAGUGUCGACGAAAAUAAGGAAACAAAUAAUUCUCCUGAAUUUACCAUUGAAAAAGCUGAUUAUACAAUAGAAAAUUAUGCAAACAACGAAGUAGUUAGCUACAUAAAAAGUGAAGACGAAAUCAAAAAAGAAAAUUAUUCGCCUGAAUUCACCAUUGAAAGGGCAGGUGACGAAGAUAUUUUGGAUUUGUCUUAUAAUGUCAACCAAAAUGUGUCCCAAAAUAAUCAUUACUAUGAAAAUUUAAAAGAAAAGUUCAUGGAAAAUAUGUCUGUUGGUUAUGAUAAUUUAAACAUCAACCAAAAUCCUUACUAUCAGUUAAAUCCUGUUAAUAUACAAAGUGUUUAUGACGAAAGCGGUAAUGAAUACUACAUAAACUGUCCAGAAAAUUAUUUUUCAAAUAUGGAAAAUCUUGGUUAUUUCCACCAAGCAACAAACGCCAUUGAAACUCCUGUUUCUGAAGAUUCAAGCCAAUCCUAUGCUGAUCAAAAUACUCACGAUUAUAACAAUCAAUAUACAAAUAUCAAAUCCUCACAAACCGAAGAAUCCGACUCAGCUUCCUCAAAUUAUUUUUCAAAUAUGGAAAAUCUUGGUUAUUUCCACCAAGCAACAAACGCCAUUGAAACUCCUGUUUCUGAAGAUUCAAGCCAAUCCUAUGCGGAUCAAAAUACUCACGAUUAUAACAAUCAAUAUACAAAUAUCAAAUCCUCACAAACCGAAGAAUCCGACUCAGCUUCCUCAAGUUACUUGACAUUGGAAGAAACAAAUCAAUAUAUAGCACGAAAAGAACAAUACUUUUUUGAUGAAAAACCCCAGGUCUGCGAGCUGUGUCAAAAAACAUUUUCGAACACGACCUACUUAAAACAACACAACAACUAUCAUCAUACUGGAAAAAAUGUUCGGUGCCCAAAAUGCGGGAAAAAAUUUACCACCGAAAACUUAAUGGAGGAACAUUUUGUUAAGCAUAAUAGAAGUAAGCCACAUAAAUGCCAUAUGUGUUCCAGAGAGUAUAAUUUUAAAGCUGAUUUAACUAGGCAUAUGGUGGUACAUUUUAAAGGCAAAAAAACCCAUACUUGCAGUAUAUGCAGGAAGGAUUUUCCCAGAAAGGAUCAUAUGAAAAAACAUUAUGAAGGUCAUCUUCGUAAACAAACCAAAACUAAUGUGUAACAUUGUAAAUUUAAUUGUUUUUAUUUUGACGUUAUUUAUUUA